AUUCGGUUCAUAGUUAAUUAUGGUUAGAUCGUUGCUUAAUCGGUUAAGCUGAUUUGAAUUUUAUUUGUCGCAGAGCAGUUGUCAACGUUGUUAAUAUCCCGCGGCGUAGAUCUCGGAUUAUGACAGCACUGUUCGUGCAUUGAUUGAGUUUUUACACGGUGGACGUGUAAUAACUAAACUUUUAACCACACGUCUCAUGUCGUGAUUACUGAUGAUGUCUUCGACUGAACCAUCCAACCAACGUGAUAAGCUCAAAGAAGUUCUUCAGCUCUUUUUACGCCCAGACUACACCACAGCUUCAACUACUUACUGCGAUAUUUUACUCUCACACAUCGCCAAAAAUACUGUAGGCGGACCUUGUGCUAACAGUGAUAUUGAUAAAUUAGUUUUGCAAAGAUGGGUCUUACACGCAUUGGAGACUUGGUCCACAGAAAAGAAGCCAUGUCAGGUUGUGCUUACUUUCACAAUGAAACUGAUCGGGUUGAUUGGCCGUAAUGAGUAUGAUUUCCUUUAUUGGGACCGUGAAAAUGUAUUCACAAAAUUAUCAAUGGCUUUGGGCCUAAAAGAAGACAACCUACAAGCUUCUGUGAAAAUGGCUUAUAUCAGCAUGCUUUUGGAAUUCUUAAGCCAUACUAGUGGGCGCCGGUGGAUCAUUAAAACUGGCACCUGGAAAGCGGUAGUCAAAUUUUGCCACUCUAAUCACACAUUGUACGUGACUCGAGAGAGUCAAAAAUUUAUCUGGAAGUUGCUGCUGUGUGAAUCUGAAAACACUGAAUUCUGUCGAGAAGUUAUUUUGGUUGUAGCUGAGCCUCUGAUAAUGAACACUUUCAUUCCCCAAAAGUAUCCAACAAUGGAAGAUCAUUAUCUCGACCAAAAUGAACUUCUUUUAACAAUAAUUGAUCUCCUAACAGCCAUAAUGGAGAAUACUCUAUUUGCAACCAUGGACAAUACCAUACCAUUACUCCUAGAAUCCAUCACCAACUUGGAAUCAAGGAUUAAAGCUUUGUUCGAAGCUUGUAUAAGUACCAAAUUCUUUUCUCACAUUAUAAAACUCAUGUUUUUGCUUCUCUUUUUGAGACUGAAACAAGGAUUAAAAGGGUCAGAUGAACCAGUUGCAGAUGAGUAUUGGUCGCACUUUUUUAUGAACAUCAGGUACAUCGAUUCGAUGCUUUUGGCAAAGAAAUAUAUACUCGACAUAGUCAAGGGUCGUAAAAUUAUGUUAGUGUACUGGAAAAAACUCAAUAACCUUUGCAGAAUCCAAAGGAAAGACCAAUAUAAAAUUGAGGAUCAAUGCAUCACUAUAAUGAUGUCCCCAUUAUUCGCCGUAACUAGUUCUCGAGACGCAACUGAGGAUAUGUUGGAGAUGUUUGCGCAGAAAAUUUUUCGUCUAACAUGCACUUAUACCCAACGACUAUGCUAUGCGAUGCGAGAUGUGUUAAUAAAGGAGGCAAUGCCCGUUGAACAGAUUGCUAAAGCUAGUGUCCAGAUCCAAUUAGAUGUAAUAGAUAUUGUCGAUAAGGAUGAGGCAGUGCUAACAUUCCAGGCUUUGACAUGCAUUUUAAGGGAUUACGUGCGUCUACCAAAGUGUCCCUAUCAGCAUUCUUGUGCCUCUCUAUCUCCAACUGCUAAAAAUUGCUACAAAAGCGAAACGGAGUAUGCAAAAAUACCAAAGAUCAACCAUAUUCUUCUAGAUGAUCCGAUCGUCCAAUGUCCAACUUUACUUUCCACACUUUUGGAUGGUCUUUGUACAAUUAUCAACAAAUAUAAACUCAAGUGGCAAGAGUGCCUGGAAACCAUCUGCAUCCUCACUUUGGCUCAGCAUAUCCUCAGCCAUCCCAACGUCAUACCAAAACUAUGCGUUCAAGCACUUUCGCUAUGUAAGCUAGCAAUCCAGAAUUUCAUGACGCCAAACUUGGCACUACUGGUGGAAUGCGAUAAUAACAGAGACGAAAUCGGCCCGGUACUGUUCAAAAGAAUGCACGAUCCAAACUGGGAAGUCAGAGACAGUGUACUGGAAGUAAUUGGCACAAUUGCAACAAUCUCGGAAAACAAAUAUCCAGCCUUCCAAGAUCUACUGCUAGAUAAUGGGUUCCUGGAAUUAAUAGUUGAGGUUGCUGCAAAAGACGGAGAAAGUUAUGUACGAGCCACGGCACUUACGUGUAUUGUAAUUUUCGUACGGAUUAAUAGACUAUGGAAUGAAAAGCUUUGCCACUUGAAUCUGACCAAAAUGGCUAUUGACUUGAUAUCCAACGAAAGUGAGGCAAUUGUCAGAAGAGAAGCUGUGAAUCUUGUCAAGGAGUUAUAUGUUCACAGAAAGUGGCCGAAAUCAACUGAGGAUGAAAUGGCUAAGGCUAUGUCUGUAGCUGCAGUGUUAGAUCUCCAUUGGGAGGUGAAAGUAAACGCUCUUCAAUUUUGGUUUCAAUUUAUCACGGCACGAUUCAGUGACCAGGGUAUGCUUGACGGACACUUUCCUACUGUGACAUUUUCCAAAGAACACCGUAAGAUAGUAGCUCUCGACGAAAGUGAAAUCCAAAAACGUAUUCUCAAGGUGCUAGACGAAUUGGCGAACCAAAACUGCCUGGGGAUCUUACUUGCGGCACUAGAGGAUGACAGUGAUUUUCAAGUCUGUAAAGCUUCAGCGGAAAUUCUAAGAAAAUUGAAAGAAAUUUUUGUGAAAUACAAACUGGACGACUCCUCUUGUGACGACCAAAUAAUAAAUGAAAUGAUUCCGUCGGCUGAAGAUCGAUCGGUCGUCUCUAAUCAUAAUGAAACGUUGGCAUCUCAAAAUGAUAACCCAAUGAUCGCAGAUAUUAUCGACUCUAUCGCAGAUGCUGAUGAUAUGAAUCUACUGGCUUCUGUUUACAAGAAUACAAUGAAUGUCAGUGAGAAUGCCAAAACGCCAACAGGCGCUGAUAAACUUGUGUACAUAUCUACUGUUCAGAAAUCCCAGUUUCUGCGCUCCGUUUUUAGUUGUGACAUCGAUGCUUACAUGGAGGAGAAAAACCGUUGGCUCAAGACUUAUACGAACAGUCUAGGCUCAGUUGUCGACGAUAUUCUAGUUGCUCACGACAAGAAUAAUGUCAAUGAGAUGGACUGCUAUUAGGCUAGGAAUAAUAGUUUCAAAGUUUUAUACAUUUUGCACUUGGAAACUACAGUACUGACCAUCUUUGGAUUAUACCGAAUGAAGAUAUGCGACACUCAAGAAACGAAUAAAUUAUCCUCAUUCAAAGUA